AAUGAGAUUCCGAGGCAUUGGGAUGGAUUUAACUGCAUCUACUUGGUUAAUCAAUAAACUUGAAUUGAACGAAAAAAAAAUUCAAGCCAGGGAACCAAGAGCCCAAGAACAUUUAUAUUCCGUAGCAGCGGAGUUAACUCACCAACAGAGCAACCACAGAGGCUCCACAGAAAUUAAUUCAAGAGUGAGAGAGGUGAAAAAUAUAUGGAGAACUCUGAAAGAAUUAGUUAAGGCGAGACUGCUGGAGGACGCCUUAGAAAGUCAUCAAUUAUUAAGCCGAUGCUAA